AUGUGGCUCCUGGUACGUUCUGUACUAGUGUGCUUUGUUUUUGCAGCCAGACAAGGUCAAGGCCAGUCUACGGCAUGUGUAGGAGAACUGACUGAACAGAGUGGGGUGAUAUCCUCUCCUAACUAUCCAAACAACUAUCCAAACAACGCAAAGUGUAAAUGGACCAUCGCAGCCAAAGAGGGCGAGAUCAUUGAUCUCAGGAUAAACAGCCUUGAUCUCGAAGGAAUAGAAGGCAGCGUAUCCUGGGUUCCAGACACUUGCCCAGACUACGUGCGAGUCUAUGAUGGCGCCACGGUCAACUCUCCACUCCUGGCAGUCUUCUGUAGAAUCAUGAGCCAAACGGAGCUGGCUAGAACCAUAAUCCGGUCUACAGGGAACAGGCUGCUAGUUGUCUUUGAGUCUGACUACAGCGGCCAGAGACCCGGGUUUGUGGCCAGCUUCUGGUCACAUGAAUGCCCGGAAUUCAAAUAUGGAAGCGAGUCGUGCAACCAGACCUGCAACUGUGUCAGAGACAAGACCGUUUCAUGUAACAGUACAAAUGGGCUCUGUGUCUGCAAACCUGGGUGGGGUUCAGGUGACUGUUCCCAAGAUGUGGAUGAGUGCCAGAAUCGAACUGUGGAGACGUGUCCUUAUGACUACCAGGAGUGUGUGAACACUGUAGGAAGCUUUCAGUGUCUGUGUAAGGACGGGCUGGUUAAAAACGCCAAUGGCAACUGUGAAGUACAUCCCGGAGCUAGCUGCCAGGCAGGACACAGGUGCUCACAUUUCUGUGUGAAAGUCUUCCAGGAUCAGACAGCCCAGGAGAUUUGCUACUGCCCAGACAACAUGAAGUUGGUGGGAAACACUUGCCAGGCAUGUAGCAAUGUGACUUUUGGCAAAGACUGUCGUCUAAGUUGUUCAUGUCAAGCCAGUGGUACAAAGUCAUGUGACCUCACCACUGGUGGGUGUAUCUGCUCUGAAGGAUGGACUUCGCCAACCUGUUCCAAGGACAUUGAUGAAUGCACAGAGCUUCAGGGAAGUGUCUGCCAGAAUCCCAAUGCACAGUGCAUUAACAGACCUGGUGGUUAUGACUGCCACGACUGCAUGUCCACCUUCACAAACUCAUCAGGAAUUAUACAGUCUCCAAACUAUCCACAAAGUUCUUCUGACACCACCAAUUGUUCCUGGACUAUCAAAGCAGAGAGUGGAAAAACCAUUUCAUUAAGAAUUUCUGACAUGUAUGUUUCAUCUUGGGACACUUAUCGGGAACACUGUUACGAUGGUACAUUAGAUAUUUAUGAUGGUAGCAACUCUGCUGCCAGACUUCUUGGUCGAUUCUGUGGCCCCUAUUAUAACACUUUUCCAAGCAGUAUCCAGUCCUCAAAUAGCACCCUGUAUCUUGCUUACUAUAAACCUGGAAGUUGGUUGGGAUUUAGAAUGUACUUUUCAGGAGCUUAUUCAGUGAAUGAUUACCAGGUUUCCAGGUAUGAUCUGACAGCUGCCUCUGGUGACAUUACAAGCCCACAGUACCCAACAGGCUCUUCCAGCAAUGUCUAUGUCACUUGGACCAUUACUGUUGCAGCAGGAAAUGUAGUGACUCUCAAUUUUACAGACUAUGGCCUCGGGGAAUGUGGAAAGGACUUCAUAGAGGUCUUUGAUGGUAAACAUUCUGGAUGUGAUCUAAUUGCAAGAUUCUGUGACAGACAGCUGCCUAAAACAGUGUCUUCAACAGAUAGAUCGAUGCAUAUUAUCUACAGUUCUCUAGGAAACACAACUGAGAAGGGAUUUAAAGCAAGUUACGUUACAGAUGCUUGUAAAUGUUACCAGUCUGGAACACAGUCGUGCAGCUCUCCGACAGGCCCAUGUGUAUGUAAACCUGGAUAUAAAGGGAUUGAUUGUGGAAGCGAUAUAAACGAAUGUUUACAAAAUCCUUGUCCUGCUCACUCACAGUGUAUUAACUAUUUUGGGUCCUUUAAUUGCUACUGCUGGAAUGGGACCAUUGUUGAAGCUUCAGGAACCUGUGAUGACUGGGGUAAAACUCUCACAGAUGAGCAGGGCUCUAUUCGGAGUCAAGGAUUCCCCAACAGAUACCCUAAAAAUGUCAACUACACCUGGACCAUUACAGGGAAGCCAAAUACAGUUGUUUCCCUCAGGUUUUCCCAGUUCUAUGUGGAUGCAAGUGACAAAUGCUAUAAGGAUGCAGUAGAGGUUUAUGACGUCAGCAGCACAAAUAAUCGACUCAUUGGUCAGUACUGUGGAAAGAACUAUCCUCAGUUACUGCGAACACGAAGUCAACAGAUGAGACUUGUCUUCAGAUCUAAUGAUUAUUAUUGGGACGCUAAAGCUACAGGUUUCAAUAGCUCCUACUACUCACAUGAAUGUCCCUUGUUUAAGUAUGGAGAUCAAAAGUGUGACCUCCCUUGCUCAUGUGCCUUUGAUACAACUGAACUCUGCGAUAACACCAAUGGUGUCUGCUUCUGUAAGCCUGGCUGGGUGGGACGUGGAUGUUCACAGGACUUGGAUGAGUGUCGGAGUGCAACAGUAUGUCCUUCAAACUCUGACUGUGUCAAUGAGGUUGGGUCCUACACUUGUGCGUGUCGUCCUGGAUACGUUAUGGACACCUUUGGCCAGUGUAAAGCAAGUUCCCGCUGCAGUGAAGCCAUGAGGAAGAAAUGUUCCCACUUGUGUGAUGUCAACCCAACCAAUAAUAAAGAAACGUGCAUCUGUCCAGAGGAUAUGGCUUUGAGCAAUGAUGCAGUGACUUGUAUUGCCUCCCUUUACCCACACGGAACAGAGGCUGCUGAUGAAACAGUGAAUCAAAAGACAAGCAACAAAAUUAACAACAUCCCAGUCAGCAACCCCAUCCAGUUCAGCUCAGAGAUCCCAGUUGGCAAAGGUCUUCAGUCACAAGCCUAUGUUCUAGCCAAUGGUGUGGUUCUGUUCAGCGACAAUGGAAUCAUGGGAACUCCAAAUCUGAAAGCAGCACACAUUGGUAAUCAAGGGAUCCUGGCUCCGUUGUGGACAGAUAACAAAGGUUACGGGGUUGGAGAAGUAUUCUACCAUCUGUAUGAGAACUGUAACGCAACAGUUUUCUUAGAGCCUGCCACUCAAAGCACGCCAGCACCCAAAAGGUCAGAGGUUGUGACCAGAGCUGUGAGGGACAUCAAGAAGUAUUUUAAACUUGCAGAUUUUCAAGUUGGUACAGUUCUAGUGGCAACCUGGCAAGCUGUUCAACCAAAGGGCUGCCUGGCUAAAACCAGCAACACAUUCCAGGCAGUUCUAGUCACUGGACAUGUCCCUGGCACAUAUCACAUUGACAUGACAGUUCAGGAGAAAUCAUACGUGAUCUUCAUUUACAAAGAUGGAGUCGGCGCAUGCCAACCUGGCCAGCCAUUUGAGGUUGGAUUCUCCACGGACAGUGGUGUCAAGAAUGUGCUGUUUGACACAAAGACAGUAAACCUGGCCACUGUGAAAGGAAAUACUGGUGAGAUAGGAGUUGUGGCCUUUGAAACUGGCAGUACAUUAAGUGGGAGUCAGCUGUGCCAGAGGUACCUGUGCAAACAUUCAGAUCUGGUAUCUAACCGACAUUUCCAAGCUGAGAUUGAUGAGCUCUACAAGUGUCCAUGCACGCUUGACCGGCUGGGAUUGCAGUGGCAGCUGGUCAAAGAAGACAAGAGCACACAAUGUUAUGCAAUCAGUGCAGUAGCCAAGAGAAGACUGUUGCAGACCAACCAGAGAAACAGGCUUUGCUGUUACUCAUGGAAGCCUCCAAAGAGCAACAGUUGGAAGGACUGGUUUGAAUCUUGGCAGGCUGGCUCCUUCCUUGGAACUGGGCAGUUACUCAUUAGUGACCCCUGGCAAUUCUCAUCCUCAUUUAGCAACCCAAGGGCUUACGAAGAUGCUCAGGAAAACAUGCAAGCUCGUACCUGGUGCUGUGGGAAAUCCCCAUUAAAGUACUGCCAGAGAUUUAACACAAUCUUUGGGGACCUUCAGUGCACACCAUAUCCAGUCUUUGUUCCUGCAUCAGCCCUGGGUGAUCCUACUAUUGUUACACUGGACAAUUCUAGCUAUGCCAUGAAUGGCUGGGGAGAGUAUGUUCUGAUGGAUGUCCCAAGUGAGAGCUUCACCCUUCAGGCCCGCACACAGAGGAUAGAGAUAAAUGGGACAUUAUCCAAUGGAACUGUGUUCUCAGCUUUUGCUGCUCAAGAGAAAGACUAUGCCAGGUUUCAAGUACAGCUGUCUCCAACAAACAUAAGCAUGGUGAUUGUAGUUGAUGGGAUGGAUCUCACCAACAAGUUCUACAGGGAUGCAGGUUUCACUUGGUCCACGGAUUACAUCAACGUUGUCAGGAGAAAUGAAAGUGGCAAGGUCCUGGUGGCAUCAACAUUCCCCUGUGGUGUGUCCAUCAAAGUGCAUGUGGGUCUGAACAGUCUGGAGAUUGACUUAGAGGUGGACGUGUCUCUGCGAAACAAAACAAGAGGUCUCCUUGGCAACUUCAACCAAAAUCCAUUAGAUGAUUUCCUGUUACCAAACGGCACUGUACUCCCUCCCAACAUCACAGAGAGACAGAUCUUGCAUGAUUUUGCUAAUCAGUACCUGGUAACCGAGGCCACAUCUGUAUUUAUAUACAACAAAGGGGAGAGCACUAAAGACUAUCAGCAUCCAGAGUUUGUCCCACUGUUUGUGGAUGAAACUGAUCCAGAUCGAUUGGCAGAGGCAAAGAGAAUUUGUGGGGACAACAAUAAAGCCUGCAUUUAUGACAAAAUAGCUACAGGGAGUACCGAUUUUGCAAGAAAUACAAAAGAUGGCAAGGAAGCCAAUGACUUUAAAAUACAAAGUUUCA